UUUCCUAACGGGACUCUACCGCCCCCUGCGGGCUCUGAGUGAUAUCAAUACCACCAUUGCAUGACCGAGAGCAAACGAAACACGUACUCAUAAUAAUUAAAUAAAUAAUAAUAUUAAUAAUAAUUAUUAUAAUUAUAAAAAAGUUUAUUGUAAAUAAACGCUUCUACAUGAACAGCCCGGUGUCCCCCGGCCGGUAACCCAGAAAGAUGGUGCGGACUCCCCGGGACUCGAUUCUCUGUUUACUUUGUACAGGGGCCUGUCUGGUGCAGGGGAAGGAGUUCUGUUUUGGGGUGAACAGGGAGCCAUACCGCUGUGAGAUGGGGUACUGCUGCAGAGAGACCGAGUGCUGCACUUACUACCAUGAGCUGUGGUGGUUCUGGCUGGUCUGGACUGUCAUCAUCCUCCUGAGUUGCUGCUGUGCGUACCGACACCGCCGUCUGAAGCUGCGGCUCCAGCAUGAGCAGAGGCAGCGUGAGAUCAGCCUCAUGGCGUACCAGGGAGCCUCGAGCACCUUCACCCCGCUGCCACCCGCCACCUUCCGAUUGUGGUCGAACUGUAAGCUCCCGGCUUAUGACGAGGUAGCGGGACACCCCCCCACCCCGCCCCCCCCUUACUCCCCUGAACAGGACGAGAUCCCGGCCACGCCUCUCCUGCAAACCGCCGUGCCUUUCAGCCAAUCGGGGCCCGCGGUGAUGUUGGUGACAUCACUGACACAGCAGCAGCAGCAGCAGCAGCAUCUGGAAGAGGAGUGGGAGGGGCCAGAACCAGGCAGCCCGCAUUGUGACACGCCAGCAGAGGGAGGGGCCAGAGCGGGAACCAGCCAAUCGGACGGAAGGCAGAACUUCCUCUCCCGCAGCUCAGAGCUGGGCAAAGAGAAUGUGGAGUCUAUUCACCAAGGGGAGGGGGAGGGGGAGGGGGAGGGGGAAGGGGAGGACUCCCACGACGCUGGCAGGCGGAGGAGGCACAUGACGGGAGACUCUGGGAUCGAGGUGUGCGCGUGCCGCCUGGAUGGGGACCCCUGUCUGGAGGAAGAUGCAGGGGGGGAAGGGAGGCUGUGUCAUGGGGGGGCUGGGGAGUGCUGUGAGGCGAGCAACCUCAACACCAAGCAGCAGCAACAGCAACCAGACAGAGGGAGCAGCCAGCAAGACACCCGACCUGAGGAGCCCGAGCAGAACGGGCUGUAGAGACCUGAGGAGCCCGAGCAGAACGGGCUGUAGAGACCUGAGGAGCCCCGAGCAGAACGGGCUGUAGAGACCUGAGGAGUCCGAGCAGAACGGGCUGUAGAGACCUGAGGAGCCCGAGCAGAACGGGCUGUAGAGACCUGAGUGUGUGCGUGUGCGUAUAUAUCUGUGUGUGUGCGUGUGCAGUAUGUGUGACACUGUCUGUCUUCUACGUUCUAACUUCCAUUAGUUAUUUGAUUAGAAAUUAGAUUUUCAGGGUUGCCCUUUAUCUUCCUGGUUUUUUUUUUCUUCUUCUCUCUGAGCCGUGCCUCAUUUGUGUUUAUAAAGCUCAGGGUUUCGGGGCGCUGCGCGGCACACCAGGCAGGGAGACUUGGGGGUUUGAUACAGCACCCUCAAACUAGGUCUCCCGGGGGUCUCCUGGAAGCAGGUUUCAAGACGCUGCUCCUGAGAGAGGCUUCGUGUUCCCUCGGGUUUGGGUUGUGUCGUGGGGAGUGUGCGUGAAAAUAUGGUUCAAGUCUUUAUUUGGACUGUGAAUCUCGUUUGUUGAAAAGGAAAUUCCUUAAAGUGUAUACCCCACCCCCCCACCCCCCCACAAUGUUCCGUUUGCCAUUCGCUGUGUUUAUUUUUUUAUUUCUGUCGUUUGAAUUGUUUUUUCCAAUGCUGGUUAGUGGGAGUGGGAGUGGGAGUGGGGGGUGUGCUAGUGCCAGUGCUGAGACCCCUGGUUCCAAUAUGCAAGCACAUGCAGCUUGAGAUGUUUUCAGUAGCAAAGAACAAACAAAGUGACCUUGUUCUUAAGCUUGUAUCUGUUUAUAUAACAGACUUCAUACUGCAGGGCUGAAUUUCAUGCACGGCGACCUCGUAUGAGGGCAGAUAAGAAAAAUAAAAUUCUAAUCUUUAUAUAGAUAUAUAUGGGGUCAAGACUAGCAAGCUAAUGCAUGAUGACCUCAUAGGAGCCGGACGCUUUUUCCCCAUGUAAAGAGGUGGGAGGGGGAGGAAGGAGUCUUACAGAGUUGAAUUAUUAUUAUUUAUUUCUUAGCAGACGGCCUUAUCCAGGGCGACUUACAAUUAUUACAAGAUAUCACAUUAUUUUUACAUACAAUUACCCAUUUAUACAGUUGGGUUUUUUACUGGAGCAAUCUAGGUAAAGUACCUUGCUCAAGGGUACAGCAGCAGCGUCCUCCACCUGGGAUUGAACCCACGGCCGUCCGGUCAAGAGUCCAGAGCCCUAACCACUACUCCACGCUGCUGCCCAUUUUGAAUCACAGGGUCAUCGAGGGCUCUGGUAGUUGUCCCGGGGAAAGGUGAUAAAAUUCAGCCCUGUCCUCCUGGAACAGGCUGAUGCAGUGUGAGGACUGUACCUCGUUUUCAUUGCCUGGUUUUGUUUUCAGUGUUACAGCGGUGUGCACAUGUAUUACAACACCUCCUGAUCUGUCACUGAUAUCCUUCAUAUACCCGCCUGCAUGCAAACCUCUGGGUGUGAGAAUUUCAAUCUCCGCUCAGUAAUCACUGAUAUAGAAACACACUCGUGUGUGAAAAUGUCAGACCGCUUUGUGCUUUAAUCAGGAGUCUUAAACAACUUCUAAAAAGUCUCCUGUGUUUUAUCACGUGUGGCUCCGUGUUCCUUUUCUCGUGACUAUUUUAAAUGAAUCGCACGUGUGGUCUGUUAAAAUCAUCCAUUAAAUGAGACAAUCGCUCACUUGCCUGUUUUGGAGUUUCAUCUCCAGCGGUUUGAUUUCAGACACACAGUAAAUCAGAACUACAGAAGCGAUGGGGUGUCCUAAUACACGGGCACGCUGCUGUGUAAUUGGCUUAGAUAUAAUUUUUUUUUUUCUGAAGUUGGUGGGGGGGUGGGGGGGGGGGAGGAUAUGCUAAUGUUACAUUUUGUUUAAAAGAAAAAAAAAAUCAGUUUUGGCAGUUUCUGGGUUUAGCGUUGCGUGCUCGGGGGGCUGGGUAAGCGAUGGUAUCGUUGAUUUCAGUAAGAAACGUCUCACACUGGUGCUGCAGUGUUGAGCAGCCUGUUUGUGGCUCAUCAAUGUUUUUUUUUUUUGUUUGUUUUUUAAAUCACUUCUCAAUGUUAACUGCAUUCUUCAAGGCAGCUUCUGAACCGAUGAUGAUGAUAUUGAUGAUGAUGAUGAUGAUGAUUACUGUUUAUUUAGCAGACGCCUGCUUUAUCCAAGGCUUACAGAGACUAGGGUGUGUGAACUAUGCAGAGUCGCUUACAGGAACGUCUCACCUGAAAGACGGAGCACAAGGAGGUUCAGUGACCUUAAGACCAUUAUUCCACGUUCCACAGCAAGGGCUAUCGUUUUCUUUAUUUCUUUAUGGAUUAUGUCAGGGUGCAUUAGAAUUAAGGCGAAUGGACAAUGAGACAGACAGGCAGACAGACACAGUCGGUUUCCAAAUUCUUUAUCGGGCAUGACCAGUUGUACGAGUAUUGCCAAAGUUAAUGUACAGAAACAUUUAUAAAUAUUAUUAUUAUAUCAGUCUUUUAGCAGACGCUUUUACCCGAAGCGACUUGCAGAGACUAGGGGUUGAACUGUGCAUCACAACUGCUGCUGCAGAGUCACUUCCAAUAGGACCUCGCUUUUACGUCUCAUCAUAUUAUAUAUAUAUAUAUAUAUAUAUAUAUAUAUAUAUAUAUAAACACACACAGCAGUGCUGGUAUUGAAAAGCCUCUAUCAGCACUUCCAAUGAGACAUCUUCAGCUGCAAUAUUAUAAGAUGCAGCACAUGUCUGUCUGUCUGUCUGUCUGUCAUUCAGUCCUGGGCUUCUCUCUCUCUCUAUUAACAAUUGCCUUAACCACAAAGUCAAUGCUGCUGAUCUAAAUAUAUAGUUUUGUUGUUUUUUUUUGUUUGUUUUUUAAAGAAAAUAAAUGGGUGCUAAGACAA